GGUCAUUCCAUCGGUAGAUCUGGCCAUUCCAUCGGUAGAUCUGGCCGAUCCAUAGGGAAUAGUACUUCCUCUCACCAUCGAUACACCAUUGUCCGAAGAGGUCCUUCUACUAGUCAGAUCCAAAUGAAUAGAUCUAUCGGUAGCAGCAAUUCUUCGGGUCGGAAGAUCGGUGGUCCUAGGAAGAGCUCACUUGGAUCAAAAAUAAUCGAUGAUGUCAUUGUCAUUCCCAACACGGAAGAACGAAUCGACACCAAAUACUUCGUGGAUCAUUCCCGCGAAAUUGGACGCGGAACUAAAACGAUUGUUCGGAAGUGCAUCGAGCGUUCUACUGGCAACCGAUACGCUGUCAAGUCUGUGAGACGAACUGACAAAACCGAAUACGAACACAUGCGGAACGAAGUCAAUCUUCUGACGGUGUUGGAUCACCCUAGCAUCAUCAAGAUCUAUGACACCUACGAGGACGACAAGUUCCUGCACAUCGUGGUCGACAUUUGUAAAGGUGGAGAACUCUACGAUUACGUGGUGAAACCGACAAGCACCAACAAGAAAAACGGGCAGCAGGAAGCCGUCCCGAACUGCCCUUCCGAGGAGGUGGCUGCUGUCAUUGUACGCCAGGUAGUCGAUGCGGUUGCCUAUCUCCACGAUCAUGACAUUGUACAUCGGGAUCUCAAGGUAAGCAUUACUCAUUGUCUUCGUGGUCUCUUUUCGAAAAUUUGCGUUAUUCUCUGUUGUCUGUAGCCUCACAACCGUUCUUUCUUCUAUGCCUUUCGCUUGCUUUCCUUCCAAUUCCAAUGACCCCAGCUCGAAAACCUUCUCUUCAAGUUGAAACCCAAUGCCAAAAACAAGCAGAGUCUAACGGAGAUUCGUGUUAUUGACUUUGGUCUCUCCCGCAAGUACAACACACACCACCGAUUCUGCUCGCUCAAGAAGCUUACUUCCUUUGUCGGGACCAAACUCUACGUGGCACCAGAAGUUCUGAACCAUUCUUACACGCACGCGGUAGAUCUCUGGUCCGUCGGCGUCCUCGCCUACGCCCUGCUGAGCGCAAGGGCUCCGUUUACGGGUCGAAACGACCAGGAACUCUUCGACAAGAUCCAGCACUGCGGAGAGCAACUGAAAUUCCCGAGUCCCGAUUUCGACGCGGUUUCGGAGGAAGCCAAGCAUUUCAUCCGUAGCCUGCUGGUGAAGGACGAAUCCAAUCGACCCACCGCGUGCGAGCUGCUCGACCACCCGUGGAUGGUAAAAGCCGACCAGUGGAAGGAAGAAAUCGACGCGGCCGCCGCUGCGGACGGAAAUGCGUCUUUGUUCAAGAAAAUCCUUGGCCGCUUUGGAAAGGGAAAGAAAAAGUCAAGAGCGAAAGGAAAGAACGAGCGAGACCACGGCCCCAAGAGCAACGAUUUGGACGGCAGAGUUCAAUAAAUUUUUGUCUCACAGACUAAGAAAUAGGCAACGAAGGU